AGAGAGAGAGAGAGAGACGGUGGUGCGGCGACACAUGGCAGCCUGCGCGCUCUGAGCAACUCUUCCAUUGUCUCCGCAUCCAGCCGGGGAGCAGGAGAGGCUGCACGCGCACUGGGAUGCUGCAAUCCCCCCCCCCCCCUCCAGGCCAGAGAGAGAGAGAGAGACCUCGGGGGACCGCACGGACCGAUGAGCGGACAGCCUGACUGACCACGUUGCCUUGGGUGGGCCUGGAGGUUGUUUUGUCCCUGCCGAGCCGCCGUAGCAGCGAUGGGAGACAACGUGUCCAAGCGACUGAAGCUGGUCUCAGCCACGGAGGCGGAGAUGGAGGAGCGCUCGUUUCCAAACCCCUACCCCGACUGGGACUCCGGAGCCCGCCCGUCCGGCUCUGGAGAGCCGCACGAUCACAACGAACCACUCGAUGCGGAAGGAAAGGUGAGUGCAUCAUUCCAGAAGAAGGUGCAGAGUAAGAUCAAAGAUCUCCUCCAGCAGAUGGAGGAGGGCCUGAAGACCGCCGACCCACACGACUUCUCCACCUACACCGGCUGGACAGGCAUCGCCCUGCUGUACCUCCAGCUGCACCGGGUGACCCAAGAGGCCAGCGACCUGCAGAGGGCCCUGGACUACGUGAAGCGGGCCAUGAGGAUCCUGAACGGACGGAAGGUGACGUUCCUCUGCGGCGACGCCGGGCCGCUGGCGGUGGGCGCCGUGGUUCACCACAAACUGAACAACCCCGCCGACAGCCAAGACUGCCUGUCCAGGCUGCUCCAGCUGCAGCGGGCUGUGCUCAGUCCGGACUCCGACAUGCCCGAUGAGCUGCUGUACGGCCGCGCCGGCUACCUCUACGCUCUGCUCUACGUCAACGAACAGAUGGGGGCCGACACGGUGGAGCAGGGCACCAUCGCCGAGGUGGCGACGGCCAUCGUGGAAUCGGGGAAGAACCUGUCUUUGGGGCAGAAGAAGACGGACCGCUGCCCCCUGCUGUACGAAUGGCACAAGAAGCAGUACAUCGGCGCCGCCCACGGCCUGGCCGGCAUCUUCUGCACGCUCAUGCAGCCGGGAGCGCGGCUCCCCCCCGCCGUCCUGUCGGAGCUGGUCCGCCCCAGCGUCGACUACGUCCGCCACAAGAGGUUCCGCUCGGGAAACUUCCCGUCGUCGCUGAGCAACGAGAGCGACCGCCUGGUGCACUGGUGCCACGGAGCGCCCGGCGUCGUGCACAUGCUCAUCAUGGCGCACCGGGUGUUCAAAGAGGAGAAGUACCUGAAGGAGGCGGCGGACUGCGGCGAGGUCAUCUGGCAGCGGGGCCUGCUGAGGAAAGGCUACGGCGUCUGCCACGGCGCCGCCGGCAACGGCUACGCCUUCCUGUCGCUGUACAAGCUCACCCAGGACAAGAAGUACCUCUACCGCGCCUGCAAGUUCGCCGAGUGGUGCUUGGCCUACGGGACGCACGGCUGUCGCAUCCCCGACAGACCCUACUCUCUGUUUGAAGGUAUGGCAGGAGCCAUCUACUACCUGUCAGAGCUUUCACACCCCGAAGCCUCCUGCUUCCCCGCCUUUGAACUUUGAACCCGCCAGCUGACGCUUAAAGGACACGGAGCGUCUCUGCUGUGACGCUGAAAGGACACGGAGCGUCUCUGCUGUGAAGCUGGUGACGCUGAAAGGACACGGAGCGUCUCUGCUGUGACGCUGGUGACGCUGAAAGGACACGGAGCGUCUCUGCUGUGAAGCUGGUGACGCUGAAAGGACACGGAGCGUCUCUGCUGUGAAGCUGCUGCUGCAGGUAAAUACAUUCUGGUUUAUGAAAAUAAAAGCAGAAGCUGGACUCAAGGGGACAAUGUUGAGCUUCCUGAUGAUUGGACACUUCCAGCCUGUGACACUUCUCUGGGUGGGGGUGGGGACGGGGACAAGGACACAGAAGACCAGUCCCCCUCAGAGCAGACAGGAGGUGUGAGACGUGUGCGGCUGCCUCUGCAUGCUGACUGUAAUCUGCUCGUGGUGCUUCAUUUCCUGUGUGUGUGUGUGUGAGAGAGAGUCAAAUAGGUGGAAGGACACAAUAAUGUUAUGUAGAAACCUGUACGCGAGCUACUGAAUGUAUACCCGUGCUGCUGUUGCUUUUUAAUAAUUGUGUGAAUAAAGAAGCGUCUCCUCUCUU